AUGUCUGGCAGCGGCGAUGUUACCCUCUUCGAGGAGUCCUUCACGGUCACCAACUACGACCAGUCCAAGUACGACAGAGUCGCCCGUAUCUCGGCCACCUCGACCGACAACCAGACGCUCAUGACCCUCGACAUCAACAUUGAGCUAUUCUCUGCCUCCGUUUCCGACAGCCUGCACGUGGUUCUGGCGACUUCUCUGGCCCACGAUGGCAGCAAGGACGACGAGAAGGGAUGGCGGGACGUGACCAAGGGCACCCAGGACCGUGAGCCGUCAUUGGCUGAUAUGUUCGAUUACGUCUGCUACGGCAAGAUCUACAAAUUCGAGGACGCCGACGAUGGUCAAACUAUCAAGGCCUACGUCUCAUUCGGAGGCCUGUUGAUGUCCCUCGAAGGCCCCUACAAGAAGCUGACCCCGCUGAGAGUCGACUACGUCUACCUGCUUAUCAAGAAAUGA